GUAUUUAACCAUGAAUUCAGUUGUCUUUUUUGGUUUAUUCGUAUUAGAAGUAGCUCUAGCUAGCGGCGGUGGAGGUCAUGGUCAUGACAACGCCCAUUACAAAUUCGAAUACGGCGUCCACGAUCCUCACACCCACGACCACAAAUCCCAACACGAACAUAGAGACGGACACCACGUCCACGGAGGUUACACUCUAAAAGAAGCUGACGGUACCCACAGAAUCGUCAAAUACAAAUCGGGACCUCACAGUGGUUUUGAGGCUGUUGUAGAACGCGUAGGACACGCUCAACAUCCUGCACAUUACGGUAAACACGGACACGGAGGACAUGGAGGACACGGAGGACAUGGGGGAGCUACUAGCUACGUCGGUGUUACCCAUUGGGCUAACCAAGGAAGCGAUGGUGGACAUGGAGAUGGCCACGGGCAUACUUUCUUUUUGAUUUUCGCCGUUUUCGGUUACGUUAUAGCCACUCACGGAUACAAAUUUCUUCAGGACAACGCCCAUUACAAAUUCGAAUACGGCGUCCACGAUCCUCACACCCACGACCACAAAUCCCAACACGAACAUAGAGACGGACACCACGUCCACGGAGGUUACACUCUAAAAGAAGCUGACGGUACCCACAGAAUCGUCAAAUACAAAUCAGGACCUCAUAGUGGUUUUGAGGCUGUUGUAGAACGCGUAGGACACGCUCAACAUCCUGCACAUUACGGUAAACACGGACACGGAGGACACGGAGGACAUGGGGGAGCUACUAGCUACGUCGGUGUUACCCAUUGGGCCAACCAAGGAAGCGACGGUGGACAUAGUUACUGA